AAUAAGAAAAAAACUAAAUCAAACCUUCUCGAUCUAAAAUCAAAUCUUCCAGCUCGAUCUCUAUCUCGAACUCUACCUCGAUUUUCCGUUUUCAGAAAUUUCUCACUAAAAAACCUCUUUGAUCGAAAACGAUUUCACAAACACACUUAUUCAUCUCGAUUCAUCUCCUUUAAUUUCCUUUGAAAUCAGUUUGGGUUCACUCAAUCUUUUCUGUUUCUGAUUGAUGAAUGUAUCGAAGAGUUUUUUAUUUGUGAUUAUUUUUUUGCAAAGAGUUCCCGGUGACAAGUCUCAAUUCCGGAGGCGGCGCAAAUCUCAGCAUGAUACGCUACUAUCACAUUAGAGGUAUAGAUAUGUCUGAAGAUCUCAUAGCACCACCUCCUAUUGGACCAGAAUUAGCAAGUGGAAAAUGGAGAGUCCGUGUCAUAGAUGGUGAUGCAAGAAUUACAGAAGAACGAAUUUCGGGAAAAGAAGUGUGGAGCAUGCUAAACCGGCGGGUGAUGAUUGAUUUCAAUAGGAACGGUCAGGCUAUCAAGGAUUCAGGAGGCUUGUUUGGUUCGUGGCUAGGCUCAUUAAGUAACGAUCUCAAUCUACUUCCUAUAAAUUACACUGAUUGGAGGAAAGUUUCCAAUUACAGAAAAGAGAUGGCUUGGAAAGUAAUUCAGAAAAAAUUCUGGUUUGAUGACCCAAAAAAAAGGAAGAAAUAUGUUCUAUCUACUCUAGGAUGUAGAUAUAGAGCCUUGAAGCAACGCCUUUGGGAGGCUCACAGACGAAACACUAUACAAGAAUCAUUUAAAGCACGACCAGGUUUGGUUCCAGAAGAUCAAUGGAAAGAGUUUGUGGAAAUACAAUUCACUGAUAGGGCUAAGAAAAUGAGAGAGCGUAAUAUUAAAAUUCGAAGCAAACUUAAGAUACCACAUGCACUUGGAAAAAAGAGUUUAGCAAGAAAGGCUGAUGAUAUGGAAGAGGAGACAGGCACAGAACCAAAUCGAGCUGAACUUUUUAUUGCAUCACGUACUAGAUCAGAUGGGAGUUUUGUUUGUGACGAAGCAAGAAUAUACGGGGAUAAGUUGAAACAAGUAACGACUGAGAAUAUUCAAAGUGAAGCACAUGAUGCACUUGAACAAGUGUUUGGUCCUGAGAAACCAGGACGAGUUCGAUGUGCAGGACGUGGUCCGACACCAUCCAAGUAUUUCUCAAAUAAGGAAUGCACUUCGUCUACUGCUGAGAUGAUACAUAUUAAGUCCCAAAUGAAAGGAUUCGCAGAUAAACUAGAUGUUGUUGCUAAUGCUCUUUAUGCUCUUAUCGAAUCAAGAAAGCAAGAGCAUUUCCAAGCAAUUGCAAGAGAUGAGAACACAAAGCUUAAGACAAAUCUUUAUCAAUCAUCUAGUAUCAACAGUGACCAGUUC